UCUAUCCCUGGUACCGUUUGAAGCUUAGGUAAGACUAGCAGAACUUAAGGAGACUAUUUUAACUCUUUUCUGAAUGGGAACAAAGGAAGAUUAUAAUGUUAUUUCUCAUUUUACCAGGAAUCUGGAUGAAGGGAAAAAUGGAGCAAGAAUUACUAAUGAGGAGUCAGUAACUAUCUCUGGCACAUAAAACUUCUAAUUUUAGCAGGAAGAAUGUCAAUGUCUAAUGACACCCAGUUCCAUCCUUCUUCAUUCAUCCUAGUGGGCAUCCCAGGGCUAGAAGAUGUGCACAUCUGGAUUGGGUUCCCCUUUUUAUUUGUGUAUCUUGUUGCGCUUCUGGGGAAUGCCGUUGUUCUGUUCGUGAUCCAGGCUGAGAACAGUCUUCAUGAACCCAUGUACUACUUCCUGGCCGUGUUGGACUCCAUCGACCUGGGCCUUUCCACGACCACCAUCCCCAAAAUGCUGGGCAUCUUCUGGUUUAGCCUCAGGGAUAUAUCUUUUACAGGCUGCCUUUCCCAGAUGUUCUUCAUCCACUUUUUUACAGUUAUGGAGAGUGUUGUUCUUGUGGCUAUGGCUUUUGACCGCUACAUUGCCAUUUGCAAACCCCUUCGGUACACCAUGAUCCUCACCAGCAAAAUCAUCAGCAUCAUUGCAGGCGUUGCUAUCCUGAGGAGCCUGUACAUGGUGCUUCCAAUAGUGUUUCUCCUCCUUAGGUUGCCCUUCUGUGGGCACCAUAUCAUCCCUCACAGCUACUGUGAGCACAUGGGCAUUGCCCGUCUGGCCUGUGCCAGCAUCAAAGUGAAUAUUGCAUUUGGCCUUGGCAACAUUUCUAUCCUAUUAUUGGAUGUGUUCCUUAUUGCUCUGUCCUAUGUCAAGAUUCUGCAUACUAUUUUCCACCUGCCAUCCUGGGAGUCUCGGCUCAAAGCUCUUAACACCUGUGGCUCCCACAUUGGUGUUAUCUUAGCGUUUUUCACACCAGCAUUUUUCUCUUUUUUGACACACCGUUUUGGCCACAAUGUCCCCCGAUACAUCCAUAUCUUCUUGGCCAACUUGUAUGUGGUUGUACCCCCAGCCCUCAAUCCUGUAAUCUAUGGGGUCAGGACCAAGCAGAUUCGAGAGCGAGUGUUGAGGGUUUUUUUUAAAAAAAGACAGAUAAACAGUCAGAGGCCAUGGGUGGGUCUGUAUUAAAAUUCAUGAUUUUUUUUUCUACAUGUUAAAAGUGGUGUUUUCUACUCUGUAACACAAAGGAAAACAGGAAAGCACUGAAGAAUACUGAGACUAAUAAAAUUAUUUUUUCUUGCUUUUUGGGAGCUGGCAUAGUGAGAUAUCCACAUUUAAAAAGGUAAAUUUAAAUCCUUACCUCAUUCUGUAUAGAAAAUUUAACUCCAAAUGUAUCAGAGACCUAAAUAUAAGAAAAAAUUUUGAAGGAAAACGUGGGAAAAAAUAUUCAUAA